UCGGCUCCGCCGCCGCCGCCGCCGCGAUGCUGUCCCGGUCCCGCUGCGUGUCCCGGGCGUUCAGCCGUUCGCUUUCCGCCUUUCAGAAGGGGAACUGCCCUCUAGGGAGACGUUCCCUGCCUGGGAUCUCCUUAUGUCAGGGACCAGGUUACCCUGACAGCAGGAAGAUUGUCAUUAGCAACAGUAGUGUCUUGAAUGUUCGAUUCUUCAGAACUACAGCUGUGUGCAAGGAUGAUGUGAUUACAGUCAAAACCCCAGCAUUUGCAGAAUCUGUCACAGAAGGAGAUGUCAGGUGGGAGAAAGCUGUUGGAGACACGGUUGCAGAAGAUGAAGUGGUUUGUGAGAUUGAAACUGACAAGACAUCUGUGCAGGUUCCAUCACCAGCAAAUGGCGUGAUUGAAGCUCUUUUGGUACCCGAUGGGGGAAAAGUAGAAGGAGGCACUCCUCUUUUCACACUCAGGAAAACUGGCGCUGCUCCUGCUAAGGCCAAGCCAGCUGAAGCUCCUGCUGCUGCAGCCCCAAAAGCAGAACCUGCAGUGUCAGCAGUUCCUCCUCCCCCUGCAGCAUCUAUCCCCACUCAGAUGCCACCAGUGCCCUCACCCCCACAACCUCUUACUAGCAAACCUGUGUCUGCAGUAAAACCCACUGCUGCCCCUCCAGUAGCUGAGCCCGGAGCUGUCAAGGGUCUGCGCGCAGAACAUCGGGAGAAAAUGAACAGGAUGCGGCAGCGCAUCGCUCAGCGUCUGAAGGAGGCCCAGAACACCUGCGCGAUGCUCACCACUUUCAAUGAGAUUGACAUGAGUAACAUCCAGGACAUGAGGGCUCGGCACAAAGAAGCUUUUCUGAAGAAACAUAACCUCAAACUAGGCUUCAUGUCGGCAUUUGUGAAGGCCUCAGCCUUCGCCUUGCAGGAGCAGCCUGUUGUAAAUGCAGUGAUUGAUGAUACAACCAAAGAGGUGGUGUAUAGGGAUUAUAUUGACAUCAGCGUCGCAGUGGCCACCCCUCGGGGUCUGGUGGUUCCCGUCAUCAGGAAUGUGGAAACUAUGAAUUACGCCGAUAUUGAGCGAACCAUCAGUGAACUGGGAGAGAAGGCCAGAAAGAAUGAACUUGCUAUUGAAGAUAUGGAUGGUGGCACUUUCACCAUCAGCAAUGGAGGCGUUUUCGGCUCCCUCUUUGGAACGCCCAUCAUCAACCCCCCGCAGUCUGCCAUCCUGGGCAUGCACGCCAUCGUUGAUAGGCCAGUGGCCGUGGGAGGCAAGGUGGAGAUACGGCCCAUGAUGUACGUGGCCCUGACGUAUGAUCACCGGCUGAUCGACGGUAGAGAGGCCGUAACUUUCCUCCGCAAAAUCAAGGCAGCGGUAGAGGAUCCCAGAGUCCUCCUACUGGACCUUUAGGAGGAAGCCAUGCGCCCUACAUGUCAACCACGCAGGAACUGAAAACCAGUCUUCUCCCUGUCCCCUCAUGGCCCCAGGUUAGCCUGAUGACAGACAGGCAUAUGCUGUUGGCCUCAAGCAAGGAAACCAGGGCACUAUGUAACCAGCAGUCACAGGCCUCUUCUUGGUGUCUCCUGCCGGGCUCUCUCCCUCUCUGCACCCUUCUCUUACGCUCGAAUAUCUUAUUUCCUUAGGCUCGAGGGAGAGAGAGAGCCUUAACAGAUGCCGUUAAUAUUUCCGCCUUUCCUUCAUUAGCCCUCCGCAAAGAUGAUUUUGUUUCUCCCCGGCGCCAUUAUACUGGAGAGAAACUGCCAGGGAGGGACCAUGUGACUAAGUUUCUGUCUUUUGAAAGUCUGUUCUCGAGACUCCCAGGAGGGAGCUGUGUCUCCCAGGCUCAGGGCAGCCUCUGUCCUGGCUGUGCACGUCCUCCCUCGGUUCCCCCUGGGUGGAGGUAUUGACCACAGGCAAGAGGUGCUGCUUUGCUUCCUAAGUGGCACCGCGUUCUCAACUGGCAUUGACUUCAGGCUGCCUCUACUACCUCUUCCGGGAAGCACAGCCCAGGGGACCUGGUGGGGGGAGGGAUGGGUAGGCAGUGUUGAGAGGGGAAGAGGGCAGAUUCUGAGGUCCUAUUUUGUAAAUGAGACAGGAGCAGAAUGGAGGCUUGCCCUCACAUCCUGACUUUGCACCAGGAAAGACCCAUUUUGGCACAGACACACACGGCUGUGGCUGCACCACCCUUUCUAGGCUGCUAGCUAGGAACCAUCCUACCACAUUGUUCUCAUUUAGAGCAGAUUCUAGCACAUCUUGGCAGUGAGACAAAACAUGUCACCACCAAAGGCUGGAUGGUGCCUGGUAGAGAUUGGAGUGAAGGAGGCUUCCUGUGAACUGGCUCAGAUUGACUUGAGCUUUUAAAUUCCAUUGGUGUAGCCCGUGGGCUAAAGAGGCAAUUCUGUUUUUGCAUCGUAGCCCUUGGGUAGUGGGGCCUUAGCCCUUCCUCUCCAGAACAUAGGUCUGGGGAAGGAUGGAUGGUGGUGGAAACCAGCUCCCAAGAUGCUAGUACACAGUGGGGAAAUGACCAGUGUCACCUCGGAGGUCUGGGCACAGUCAUUGG